GCCAGGGGAGGGAUGUUGCACCGCGCGGCUCCUCACCUCGCGAAUGUCAAAAAUUUGAAAAUGGAAUAGUCCGAGAGUGGAAGCGGUCUGAGUGCUCACUGCCUGUAUCGAUGUUUUCGCGAUACCUAACGUUAAGACUUAUUGAGUGUUGUGUGUGUAGAUUAAGUUGUGUAAUGAAUUUAAAAUAGCAUAGACAUAGAAUAAUAAUAAUAAACUAUUAUUAGUUUUCAAUAAAAAUGAUAAUAGUGUAGUUAAUAUAGGUGAUCUGUGCGAAUGUUUGAUUGCUGUGUCCGCCGCGGUCCCCAUUCAAGCGGGGUAACCUUGACACGGUUUCCCGCGCUAGCGUUCCUUGUUUUCCGUUGCACUCUCGCUUGACAUUUACCGCAAAAGAGUGCUCUUUUGCUAAUUAGCGUACGUUCUAUAAUUAGAAAGUACAUCGUUCAAAACUUAACGUUAGAACUUUAAUUUUUAUUGAGUAAAUAUUAUGCCGAUUAGAAUGUUUAAAAGGACACAAUGAGUGAAGUUAGGCUAUAUUAUAUAAUUCCUCUUCAAGUUUGAAUAUUAAAUAAGCCACAAAAUUGAAGAAGUUUACAAAGAUGAACCCCUUGUGACCGCUUUAGUGACGAGACCUCCGAUGCUAUCAAAAUGAGAGCAAUAGGCUUAAGCAGAGUCCUCAUAGAAGUUGGCAUCAUAGUUCUCACCAUAACAAAGCUGAAUGGCAAUGUAGUCACCGAUAGUCCAAAAAAUAGAGAGCCAAACGAAAUUUACCAAAGAGAUAGCCCAAAGGAGGUUCUGGAGCCGGAACUGUUACCAGUACUUCACGGUAACGACACUAGAUGUCGGAUAUCCGAAUACCUGUGCUCCAAUAAAAAAUGUGUUCCGAUAAACCGAUUUUGCGAUGGCUCCAACGAUUGUGGCGAUUCCUCUGAUGAACCAAGGCAUUGCACACGUUGUAACAGAACCUACUACGGCGAUAUUGGUCGGACAUACGAAUUAGAACUACACCGACCGAGAGAAGAUCUCGUUCCGUAUGUGUGUCUGAUCACCAUCACAGCACCUGGUGGAAUUCAUGGUGAUUUAGUUCAGGUACUAUUUGAUAGCUUCACGCUUGGCCGCUUUAUAUCAUUCACCGAAGAUGGUUGCCCAGAUGGCUACAUGCAGAUCCAAGAAACCAGUCGACCCCAAGUUGGGGGCUCUUGGUGCGGUACAUCAUGGGGUCCAUCAAUAUACUACAGCGAAACUAAAUCCAUAACCCUAAUUAUAAGACUCCUACAUCUAUCUAAAGAGCAGAAUAAUUACAAUUUCAAUUUCCGUAUGGCGUAUAAGGUUUUGCGAAAAGAGUAUGCAACAGUGCGGUAUGGGGGGACACCGCCUUCGGAACGACCCUUCUUUAAACUAAGACCACUGCCUUAUCCCGUAAACAUAUCACGUGGUGAAGAUACGAAUAUCGGAAAAGCGACAAAAACCCCGGAGCAUUACCUCGGGGAUCUGAUCUCAGGGACUUAUUGCUCGCGUAUAUUCAGUGACUGUGAUCGUAAAAACUGUAGGUUACAGUCGCCCAAUUUUCCAGGCGUUUAUCCUAGAAACUUAACUUGUUAUUAUGCAGUAAGACAACAUGAAGUACCUCAGGGAAAGCAUGCCUUAAUCGUCGUAAAACAGCCAAAUGGGCAACUAGUCUCUAUUAGAAGUCAGAAGGCUUUGUAUGCAGCACAACAAGAUAGAGGAAAUAAUGGAAGGGAACUGAAAUUUUGGCAGCAAUGUGAUGAAGUACAAGAUUACGUAACUGUGUAUGAUGGCUAUACGACCAGGGAUCCGGUGAUUUUAAGGUUCUGUGGUGGAGGGGUAUCUGUACCAGAAGCAAUAUCAAGUGGUCCCGAGUUGUUAGUGGAAUUCACAACUUCGCCAUUUGGAACGUUCUUGCAACCAGCAACUUCGCAGUCGCUGCACGGUUUUCAGUUAGAAGUUGAGGUCAGGUUUGUGGAUCAACAAUCGCCCACAUAUGCAAAAAAUAAAAGAGCUUGUGAAUUUUGGAUUAGGGGAACUGGAAGGGGUGUAUUGGAACACCCGCAACAUUCAUUGCCUCCAAACACAACUUGCUUAUAUCACAUGCAAGGAAUCGAUACUUCAGGCCCAUCUGGAAGAAAUAUAAUUUAUAGAAGAACGUCAUUUUCAGCUCCCAGAUUCAAAGUAUGGUUUUCUGUAUUGAAAUUUUAUGUAACAAAUGCUCUCAAUCCGAACUUGCCAGAGGAUGAGUACUGCGGAAGCCAUUUGAAUAUAUGGGAUGGUCCAAUGAGAAUAUCGCCCGGGUGCAGUGAUAUAUUUUGCGACAAAGAGAGAUCAGUGCAGAUGUCAAGAGCUACUUCACCUCAAUCAGUAAUUGUCGGUCGUCCACCAACAAAUGCGACGCUUGUAGCGAGGUUUUGUCGAGAGCGCGCCCCGCGUACAUGUGAACAUGCUUUGUUGAGAAAAUCCAGGGCUUGCGCGCGUACUGAAAGUUUUUUAUCAAAAGGAGAUUCAUUGACACUUGAACUCAAACUGACACAAGGAACAGCUUUAAAGCCUAUAUUCUUCAAAGCACUUUACGAGUUUGUUGAUUUACAUCAAGAUGGUGAACAAUGGGGACGUGGUGCUUGUUCAAGACGGUUUACAUCACGCUCUUUUCCAGAAGCUCCACCUGAUCCUCCUGUGACUUUCUCUUCUCCAAGGGAUGUAUUUUUAUACGGACGAGGAGGAUCAAGGAACAUUAGUUGUACAUACCGGUUUGAGGCAAAUCCCGGAGAAGUGGUCCGGCUUCGAGUAUGGGGAGUGCGAAGCGGUGGCCGAUUGUGUCGUUCUGUACAUUCAGCGCAUUCAGCUUGGUACAGGUGCGCGGGGGAUCCUACUGCAGCUGUCAGGGUCUUCGAUAGACCUUGGAAUAAUGCAGGCCCAAGGAUACCGAGAGACUGUUUGUGCAGUGAUACUGGCGAUUAUGAAUUCACAUCUUCAUCAACGGUAGCAGAACUGAAAUUCGAUGUCGUCAAUAUGUCGUCAGUAGAUGACUUCCGCUCUUUUGGUUUUGAAGCAUCAGUUGAGUUCGUUAGAGUCGACGUUCAAUGUGAGAGCACGCAUAGAGUAUUUGGAGCUAGUGGAGAUUUGAGACUAGCGUCCACGCAAUCUAUGGCCGAAUCGGAUCGCUGUGAUCAUCGGCCUUGGCUCAUCGAUCCUUCCCCUGGGAGAUAUCUUUACCUCCAAAUUCGUGGCAGUAUAAUCAAAGAACCUGAACUCGACAACUUUACUCUUCUCAACAAUAUAACUGUAGCACCUGAUUUGCGACAUUUGUGUAGAACACCGAAUCGUAUCGCAGUGUACGCUGGAGGAUUGUGGCCAAUAUUUAUAUGCCCUGAUCCGCCUGAUGAACAGAAUGAAGAAUUAGUAGAAAUAUUCUCAGAUGGAUGGUCCAAGGAAGUAGACCCGUUAGCUCGGCAUGUACUCGCGCCUGCGCCUUCACCAGACCGCUUCGAUCUGGACUGGCCGAGGUCUUUGUCUGUCGAGCUCAUUGCCAUAAACACUGGCUCCUAUUAUGUCACAUGGCUGGAGCUUUCUAGAAGACAUGCUAGUGCACGUGGUGGAGUAUUCGCUUUAUCAGGCGAUUGCGAGUACCGCUGCGCAUCGUUAGACGCCUGUAUAGCACCAGCACUAUGGUGUGAUGGUGUGGUCCAGUGUCCACAUGGAGAAGACGAGCGGCUGUCCCAGUGUUCCGCACUACUGCGGGUGCCGGCGCACUAUGCUGCCGCAAUGUUGGCAUUCACCAUUCUUGCGGCCUUUGCUGUGAUAGCGGCAACGCGUUCCUGCCGCCGCCGCCGUUCAGCUCUGCAACAGCGGCUCAAAAGUAUCUCCUCAGACACCGGGAUUUUCGACGAGAAAGAAGUGAUUUGCUGACCAAGCGAGGACUCCGUGCGAUACGUG